UCUCCGAUCUGUGCUAACUAGUGAUAUCAAACAUGGGUCUGGAAACAGAAGACUGGGCCGAUGAACUCCCACCAGAACAAAUCGCCGUCCUACGUAAGGCGUUCGAUGGAUUCGACCACAACCGCUCAGGCAGUAUCCCUUGUGACUUCGUUGCUGACAUUCUUCGCAUGAUGGGCCAGCCCUUCAACAAGAAAAUCCUAGAAGAACUCAUCGAAGAAGUAGACGCUGACAAAUCCGGCCGUCUUGAAUUCGGAGAGUUCGUCACGCUCGCAGCUAAAUUUAUCGUAGAAGAAGACGCUGAAGCUAUGCAGAAAGAACUCCGUGAAGCAUUUAGGUUAUACGACAAGGAAGGCAAUGGUUACAUUCCCACUUCAAGCUUGCGCGAGAUCCUCCGUGAACUAGAUGAGCAGCUCACUGAAGAAGAACUUGACGGUCUUAUUCAGGAGAUCGACACAGACGGCAGCGGCACAGUGGACUUCGAUGAAUUCAUGGAGAUGAUGACGGGAGAAUAAUCUUCUAUCAACAAUUAUUGCUUCUAUUAUCAUUUAUUCUAAGCGUAAUUAAUGCUUCGGUACUUCUUGGUACUGAGAACAAGUCAUAACUAUUAAAAAUAUGUAUUAAGUACUCUGUAUGUAUUGUACAAACAAAAAUAAAGUCCUCGUUCAAUUGAUGUGUGUGGCUGAGUAAUAUUAUGUUUAUAUCUACUUUUUAAUAAAUCUUAAACAAAAUAA